UGCGUCCUCAACACGUGAUCUCAUUCGCUGAAAACCAACGGCCCUAAUUCAAAUUAUGUAUAUAUAUAUCAAGUGUUAAACUCGUGUUAUUCUUACUAAAAAAAUCGUUAACUUUGCAUUUUUCGGUUCUUGCUUUUCAUUUCAAUUUCAUUGAAUGCAGAAAAAAGGAGGGAAAGAUACUGAAUCUUCAGUCUCCAUCACGAAAGAUCCUCGAAAUAUGCCGUUAGAUCACGGUAAAUUUGGCAGAUUUACAGUCAUCAGAGCCAGGAAUGCUCGCCGGAGAAGAAUGGAAAUAAGAAGAUUAAAGUGCACGUGUGAGACGAUGAUGAAUAUAACCAUCACAAAAAACGGAAGCGAUGGUGACAGUGACAACGGUCUUCUUCAUGAAUCAAAAUCAAGCGACGGUUUAACGGAAUUAUCGCUCUCAUCGUCUACUUCUUCUUCUUCGUCAUCGUCGUCAAAGCAAUCAUCAUCAGAGGAGAACGACAUCGUUUCAGCGAAGAAGACUUGCAUAAAAAAUGAUGAUGUUCAAAAUUUAAAGUGCAAGACGUCGACACACGGGUUACUAUCAAUUAUCGGUAGGAGAAGAGAGAUGGAAGAUGCGGUGACAGUGGAGUUAGGGUUUAUGAUGAAAAAUGGGUUAGAGUUUGAUUUUUAUGGAGUUUAUGACGGGCACGGCGGGUCCAGGGUGGCAGAGGAGUGUAAGGAAAGGUUGCAUAAGGUGUUGAAGGAUGAAAUAAUUGAGGAUAGUAAGGGAGGAUGUGGGAUUAAUUGGGGAAGAACGAUGGAGAGAGGUUUUGAAAAGAUGGAUGAAGAGGUGAACAGAGGGAAGUUAGGAGAGGAGAUGGUGGGAUCGACGGCGGUUGUUGCGGUGGUUGGGAAUGGAAAGUUAGUGGUGGCGAAUUGUGGGGAUUCUAGAGCUGUCCUCUCCAGAUGUGGCGUUGCUGUGGCUUUAUCUUCUGAUCAUAAGCCUGAGAGAGCAGAUGAGUUGGAGAGAAUUGAAGCCGGCGGCGGAUGGGUGAUAAAAUGGAAUGGACAUCGCGUGCUUGGAGUACUCGCCACUUCAAGAUCCAUAGGUAAAAUAACCAAAAGCUUCUCAUUUAUAAGGAGAUGGUUUUGUAACAGGAGAGUUAACAUUUUUGAAUGUGCAUUUGCAGGCGAUGGGUGCCUCAAACCAUUUGUUACAUCCACACCAGAAGUGACGGUAAGCGAGCUUACCAAUGGAGAUGAAUUCCUGAUACUGGCGAGUGAUGGGCUGUGGGAUGUGGUAUCUAAUGAAGUGGCUUGUGGAGUAGUGAGGCGAUGUUUGAACAGCCAAAUGACGAAGAGGAAAUCAUCGCUUCAGUUCGUCGACGGAAACCGACGUGCCGAAGCAGCCGCGGCGAUGUUGGUUGAGCUUGCCAUUGCUCGAGGUAGCCAAGACAACAUUAGUGUCAUAGUGGUUGACUUCAGAAACUCAACCUAUCACUAAUCUCCAGUAAAUCUAUCUGUGUAUUAUUAUUGAUAAAUUUGUACAAAGGAGGCAUAGAAAUUCGGGAAUAAAAUAAUUGUACAUGUUUGGAAUUUUAAUUUUUGGGUUUUGAAGUAGAAAUUUGAUUCAUAUAA